AGCCACCGCCGGUCCGUCGACUGCUACUUCGACCGGUGAACCAAAUUCACGCGUCGGUGUCAAAGUCACGCGGUACGCUAAGUAUUUAAUUGCAGGAGUGCAUUCUCGAGAGAGUGAAAACGCGAGAACCUAUCCAUUUCCGUAUGGGAGAAGUGCAGUGGAGCGAUUGGAUAAAUUUACCCUGUGGAGUGCGUGACUCAAGAUCCGCCACAUAAUGCAAUUGCCACGGACAUUGUUGCUUCUCGGUUGCUGCUUUCUGGCGUUGACGCUCGUGACGGCGGCACCCGCCGGUCAAGAGGAGCCGUUUUUCGAGCUUCCGGUGCACCUGAUUGGCUUUCCGGUAAUUAUAGCGAGCGUAAGAAUCGCCAAUUUCUUCAAGAAGCUCGCUUAUAUUUUGAAUCCAGAGACUUAUGUUAGUCGAGUGAAACGGGCGCACACACAUCUCUCUACGCAGGACGAAGAGAUUUUAGACAUUGACCAAGUUGAGAAGAAGUUAGUAACCGAAUUCGGAAAUAACGUUUGCAUCUACGAAAAGAUUUGUGUCGAAUAUGCAGAACGAAUGCUUCGAAGAAGGAGUCGACAACUUGACUGGAGUAUUCUUGAUUGGGGCGAAGUGUUCAGUGAGCACAAGUCAUCGCCCAAUUUGAUGAAAGAAAAUUAUUUGCUGAGUAUCUUCCUAGGCAACAUUAUUAGCAGUCCAAAGUUAUGUCAUUCAUUGGCGGAAAGAGGAAGAGCCUGCGAUGGCACCUUGUCUGAUUAGUUAAAUGUAUCAUGUGUGACUUGAGCGUUUGUGUUGAUUUGUAAAUAAUGCCAUGAAUUUGAUUAAUAUAUUGUGAUUAUAAGAUAAUAAGAUUAUUUGUAUAAGAUAACGAUAUACAUUUUUGUUAUGUAUAAUUAUAAUCAUUUAUAUUAAUUGUACAAA